GAGGCGGGCCGAGGGCAGAGAGCGGGGCGGUGCCCGAGCGGGCGUCAUGGCGCGACUCCUCCGGUUGCCCCGGGGCCUGCGCCUCGGAGCGGCGCCUCUGCGGGCGAAGCGGGGCCGAGGGGAGGCAGGGUGUGAGCUGCCUCUUGCCAAGAGUGAGUGGCAAAAGAAACUAACCCCAGAGCAAUUCUACGUCACCAGAGAAAAGGGAACGGAACCACCUUUCAGUGGGAUCUACCUGAAUAACAAGGAAGCAGGAAUGUACCACUGCGUAUGCUGUGAUAGUCCACUCUUCAGUUCUGAGAAAAAGUACUGCUCCCACACUGGGUGGCCUUCGUUUUCUGAGGCUCAUGGUACAUCUGGCUCUGAUGAAAGCCACACAGGGAUCCUGAGACGUCUGGACACCUCGUUGGGAUCCGCUCGCACAGAGGUCGUCUGCAAGCAGUGUGAAGCUCAUCUUGGUCACGUGUUUCCUGAUGGACCUGGGCCCAACGGUCAGAGGUUUUGCAUCAACAGCGUGGCUCUGAAGUUCAAACCCAGGAAACAAUGACCAUCCUCAAGAGUCCCGUUCCCUGCCACCGCUUCAUGUGUACCCUCAAUUUCCAUAAUUCACUUGACUUAUUUUAUUUGCCAUAAAACUGGACUGAGUUUGCUGCUGUC